CUCUUCCGGUGUGAGCCGGAUGUAACCGGAGUGGACACGCCGCCGCACCGCUGCUCCUGCUCUACUGUCGUGUGAGUCCAACCGACGUGCCACUGAUUUCUGGAUGUUUCUCUGCGGCUCCACGAUGAGCUGACGGAGGAGUAAAGACGCCGAUUAAUUAAGGUUUAAUUAAGAUGAGAGAAACCUGGCCGCCAUCAGCAGAGAGGAGUGAACCCGCCUCGGAGGAAAGCUAACCCACGAAUGGCCUGCCAGUCUGUCGCUGCAGUCAUGGACGAGCAGGCCCUGCUAGGGCUCAACCCGAACGCCGACGCCCGCUACAGGCAGAGGGCCAUGGCCUACUUUGAGCAGCUGAAGGAGUCUCAGGAUGCCUGGGAGGUUUGUGCAGAAGCUCUCGCUAAAGGGAUCUACAAUGACGAUCAUGUGAAGUUCUUCUGCUUCCAAGUGUUGGAGCAUCAGAUAAAGUUCAGACACGCUGGUCUUAGUUCAGCUCAGCAGCAGCUCAUCAGAGAGACUCUGAUGAAGUGGCUCCAGUGUCAGCUGAUGCACGCCCACCCUGAGAAGCCGUUCAUCAGGAACAAGGCGGCCCAGGUGUUCGCCCUCACCUUCGUCAUGGAGUACCUGACUCUGUGGCCCAAGUUCUUUUUCGACAUCCUGUCUCUGGUGGGUCUGAACCCCCACGGCAUCGACAUCUACCUGAGGACGCUGAUGGCCAUCGACGCCGAGGUGGUGGACCGAGACAUCCUGCACAUGCCUGACGAGACGCGUAGAAACAUGUUAAUCAAAGACGGCAUGCGGGAGCAGUGCAUCCCCAACCUGGUGGAGUCCUGGUUCCAGAUCCUGCAGACGUACCAGCAGACCCACCCAGAGCUCACCUGUCAGUGUCUGGAGGUGGUCGGAGCCUUCGUGUCCUGGAUCGACCUCAACCUCAUCGCCAACGACCGGUUCGUGAACCUGCUGCUGAGCCAGAUGUCGGUGGAGGAGCUCCGAGAGGAGGCCUGCGACUGCCUGUUUGAAAUAGUCAACAAAGGGAUGGACCCCGUGGAUAAAACCAAGUUGGUGGAGUCUCUGUGCCAGGUCCUGCAGUCGGCCGGGUUCUUCAACGUCGAGCAGGAGGAGGACGUGGACUUCCUGGCCAAGUUCUCUCGGCUGGUGAACGGGAUGGGUCAGAGUCUGGUGCUCAGCUGGACCAAACUGGCCAAGAGCGGCAACGUGAAGGACACGGCGGCGACGCUGCAGGCCGUGGAGAGCAAAGUGCCGCUGCUGCUGCAGCUGCUGGUGCACGAGGACGACGACAUCUCUGCCAACAUCGUCGGCUUCUGCUACGAAUACCUGCACGUCCUCAAACAGCUUCCUCAACUGACCGACCAGCAGAAAACCAGCAUCGAAGCCAUCAUGCUGGCUGUCAUGAAGAAACUGACGUAUGACGACGAGUACAACUUUGAAAACGAGGGUGAAGACGAGGCGAUGUUCGUGGAGUACAGGAAGCAGCUGAAGAUGCUGUUGGACCGUCUGGCUCAGGUUUCUCCUGAACUGCUGCUGGAGGCCGUCCGACGGGUCUUCACCAACACCAUGCAGACGUGGCAGACGGCUCCGUUCAUGGAGGUGGAGGUGGCCAUCAGGCUGCUCUACAUGCUCGGCGAGGCUCUGCCGGCGUCGCACGGCGCUCACUUCAACGGAGACACGGCAAAGACGAGCGCCCUGCAGGACAUGAUGAGGACGCUGGUGUCGUGCAGCGUCAGCAGCUACCAGCACAGCUCCGUGUCUCUGGAGUUCUUCGAAACCGUCGUCCGAUACGAUAAGUUCUUCCUCGUGGAGCCUCAACACAUCCCUAAUGUCUUGAUGGCGUUUCUGGACCAAAGAGGACUGAGACACAACAGCCCGAAGGUCCGCAGCAGAGUGGCCUACCUCUUCUCCAGGUUCAUCAAGACACUGCAUAAACACAUGAAUGCGUUCGUUGAAGACAUCCUGACCCGGAUCCAGGACCUGCUGGAGCUCGCUCCUCCUGAGAACGGCUUCCUGGCGCUGCUGACCAGCGACGACCAGCUGUUCAUGUUUGAGGCGGCGGGCGUGCUGAUCGUGAACGCAGAGAGUCCCGUGGAGAGGAAACAGGCGCUGAUGAGGAGCCUGCUGCUGCCGUUAAUGGACGCCUUCCGCCUUCUGCUUGCCAAGCUGUCGCAGGAGACGGAGGAGGAGCGGCAGACCGUGAUUGCCGACUGUCUGAGCCACGCCGUCGGCUUCGCCAGUCGGACCAGCAAAGCGUUCAGUAACAAGCAGACGGUGAAGCAUUGCGGCUGCACGGAGGUCUACAGGGACUGUCUACAGACCUUCCUGCCCGCGCUGAGCUGCCCCGUCCAGCGGGGGACGCUACGCAGCUCGGUCCGCUCCUUCCUGCACCGCAUGAUCAUCUGCAUGGAGGAGGAGGUGCUGCCCUUCGUCCCCGCCGCCUCCGAGCACAUGCUGAAGGACUGCGAGGCCAAAGACCUGCAGGAGUUCAUCCCGCUCAUCAGCCAGAUCACCGCCAAGUUCAAGCGGCAGGUUUCUCCCUUCCUGCAGCAGGUCUUCAUGCCGCUGGUGCUCGCCAUCUUCGAGGUGUUGGGCCGGCCGGCGGAGGACAACGACCAGGCGGCGGCUCUGGAGAAGCAGAUGCUGAGGAGGAGCUACUUCACCUUCAUCCAGACCGUCACAGGAAGUGGGAUGAACGAGGUGAUGGCCAACCAGGGAGCAGAAAACAUCGAGCGAGUGGUAUUCACCAUCAUCCAGGGAGCCGUGGACUUCCCCGACCCCAUCGCUCAGAAGACCUGCUUCAUCAUCCUCUCCAAACUGGUGGAGCUGUGGGGAGGUAAAGACGGCAUGGUGGGUUUCCCCGACUUCAUCUACAAAAAUAUCGUUCCUGCGUGCUUCAUGGCUCCUCUCAAACCGACCUUUGACCUCUCAGACGCUCAGACCGUCCUGACGCUGUCAGAGUGUGCACUCACGCUGAAAACGAUUCAUCUCAAAAGGGGGCCGGAGUUCAUCCAGUUCCUGCAGCAGGAGUAUUUACCGUCGCUGCAGGUGUCUCCAGAAAUCUCACAGGAACUUUGUCAAGUGCUUCAGCAGCCAGACAUCAAAGUCCUGAAAAACUACAUUAAGGCGUUCUUUCAGCGAGCCAAACUGUAGGAAAUAAAACUGGAAGUUCACUUUGGACACUUCACAGGAAGUGGUCGUACAGGCCACUUAAACUACAAAAUAAGGACCUUAGCAUAGGAGCUGCUUUUGCACUUAUAAAGAGUGAACGCAUAACUAAGUCUGUCUGAAGUCGGGACGUGGACGGAAGCUCGGCGGACAGACGAUCCCUCCAGAGACGAGCUGUCCACGAGGACUGAAGAGCUCGACUGAAGGUCGGAAGACGUUUUGUGGAGUCGAGAGGACAAAGGCUUUUAGAGGUAAACACAGAUGUGAGGGUGAUGUAUGAAAACAUCUGGUUAUUAUUAUUAUUAUUAUUAUUAUAGUCCAACCUUCACAUUUCAAUCCACACUAGAUUUAAGGGUUUUCUUUGGAUGCUGCUGCCACAGAAUGGACUAAAAAAAUUUGGGCUGAAUUGUUUUAUUUUUAUUACAAAUGUGGCAUUGAUUUUUCUUCUUUUUUUUUAUGUGUUGAGGGAACGGAUUUAAAGUUUGAAGUGAAACGCUCUCACAGACCGACUCCAUCUGCAUCUUCAGGUUUAUUCAGAAAAUUGAAAAGCCAAUAACAUGUCAACCACUCUUUAUAUUUGUUACCUGAUGGGAUGUAGAUAUUUAAGCCCCUUUAUGGUGAGUUUGUGUUGAGACCGGAUAGAAGUCAACGGAAUAUUUUAGUUUCCAGGAAAUACGACGAAUAUGUUUAAUUUCAGAUGGAAAUGAAAAACAUGAAAUGGAGGAACAAAAUGUAAAUAAGAGAAUAAGAUGUUAAAACAUGUAAAUAAAGUUCCUAGGUUUAGUUUUUUAAUCUUCACUCCCAUCUGGAAACUAUAUAUGGAAGAUCAUUUCUGCCAGAAAAUUAAAAAAAAGGAUUGAAAUUUAGAAAUGAUAAAAAUACUCAUUCUAUAAAGAUUAUGAGAUGCUACUCAUAAGUUUGAUUUUGACUUAGUAUUACAUAGUUGUGACUUCAAAAGUCAUAAUUUUCUGUUAGAAUCUCAUUGUUUUGACUUGCUAGUGUUUCUGUUUAUCAGAAUUUUUAUUUAUUGUAUUUCUGACUAAGUCAAACUUUUGACAUUAUAUCUCAGAAGUUUGACCUUGUAAAUUUAAAAAGAGAAACUUAUCAUACUUUACACUACGACGGUGUACUAGCGCCAUUCUAGGUAAAAAAAAAAAAGAAAAAAAUUAUGGAGCCGGGAGUGAGGGGUAAUAUUCAGAGAACAAACUCUGAGAUUAAAGUUGUUGAGUUUUUUCUUUUAAAUUUACAAAAAAUCUCAAAACGGUUUACGUGAAAGAAACUUGGAUAUUGUGAAAUCAAAGUGUUAAAUUUACGAAAAAAACAUUAUUCUCUGAUAUUAAAGUGUUUUAACGAGAAAAAACAAAAACUUUAUUUUCUGAGAUUAAAGUGGUAAAUUUAAAAAGAAAAAAAUCCCAAAUUUACAAAAACUGAAAUCAGUAUAUUUUCUUCUGAAUCGGUCCAAUUAACGGCUUCGAUGUCUCUUCAAAGUCAGGAUGUUGAUGAUAAUCUGAUGAUUCUGUGAUAAAAUAAACAGUGUUUCCUUAUCGCUAAAUCUGAUUGCAAAAUAUAAUUUGAUGAGGUCAUCCAUUGCAGGAGUAAUACACGGCAAGCGGCGGCGUCUGUGGCGUGAUGACGUUGGUCCAACCUUGUGAAGUAAAGCGAUUGAGCCUUGAAAAAAAAAAAAUCUGAGUUUACUUUUUCUUGUAAAUUUGUGUCUUCAGUCUCAGAGAAUUUCUGAGUUUUUUCUCGCAAAUUUAUAACUUUAUAAUAAUAAAAUAUUCAAGUUUUUUUUUUCUCCUAAAUUUGAUUUUUUUUUCUCGUGAAUUUACCACUUUAAUCUCGGAAAGUAUUUUCUUAGAAUUUUACCCCCCUACACCGGUUGCAUAAUAUUUUUUUUCCCCCUACUAUGGCCCUAAUACGUAGUUUUUGAGUAUCUCAAACUUUUCACAUUGUAAAUCAAAUUUUGGCUUUAGAUAAUUCCAUGAGUGUUUUUAUUUAUCAUGAUUUUAAGUUAUCAUACUUUUGCCUCCGUUUCUCAGUAUUUUGAUCUAAAAAGUCUCGUAAUUUCCACUAAAAAGUCAGAAUUUUCAGUUACUAUCACUAUAUUUGAUGUAUUUUGAUUUAGUAUCUCAUGAUUUGACUUAAAUUUAAAGUUUUACUGUUGACUUGAUAAGUCUCAUAAUUUUUUUAUUUAGUAUCUCAAAAUAUUGAUAAUUGUGACAUAGUAAGUCAACCGUUUCACUUAUAAUUUUGGCCUGAUAAAUCUCACAAAUUCUGACUUAAAAUGUCAAAUAUUUUAUUUAUUUAUGAGUAUUUUUAUUUACAUUUUAUUUUUCUAUUUUUUUCUUUUCUCGGCGGUGAUGAGCUUCCAUAAAAAACACAUAAACUCGAUCAUCAUUCAUGUACAGCACAUGUAAAAACAAAAGGAAUUUGCCCGUGUACAGAAGCAGCUCCAUUUAAUUUUAUAUUCAAGCAUUUGUGACAAUUCAGGACGAUCGGUCGACAAAUUGAUUAUGCAAACGCUUCGCUGCGAUCAAUACUGUGAAGGAGCUGUAACCAAUCAGAGAGAGGCGGCGAGAUCUAUUUGUAAAAACUGUCUGAUAGUUAAUCGUUGACUCUGUACAGACGCUUGUUCUUUAAGACUUUGGAUAUUGUGACGCCCCUCUUUGUUGUUUCCACUGUUUAAAUCAUUGUGAUGUUCAGUGUGUUAUUUGUUAUGUUUUAUCUGAUUUAAAGCUUUAAAUUUCUUAUUUUCUCCCAGAAACUUUGGAAAAACCUCCAGAGAAAGUGCCUAAAAGUGUUCAAUUAAAUGUGGCCAUACAGUACAAUAAUAUCUCUCAAAAUGCAACGUCAGGAUGAAAUUGGUCUGUUUUAAGAUUACUGAACAAUUUAUAAUGGCAUCUAUUAAAAAAAACUCUUGUUUUGAGGCAACAAAACCAAAAUGUGACAUUAACUUGAUGUUUAAAAAGCUGGAAAAUUAGUAUAAAAAUCAGUUAAACUUUAAUUUUGACAUUAGAAACAGUAGUUUUUGUUUAAGCUAAUGUUGAAAAAUUGUUUGCAAACUUUGUCUUAUUUUUGCUUUCUGUGUAAAUUGUCUGAAAAUACAAGUCUUUAGCAGUCUUCCCAGUACAGAGAUCGGUUUAGCCUAGCUUAGCAUAAAAACUGGAAGCGGGGGGGGAACUGCUUGCCUAGCUUGAGGAGUAAUUCAAUAUCUUACAUUCUUUCUGAGAGUCAGAUGUUGAAUUGGAAAUCAAUCUCAAGUCUGUGUGUUACUGCAAGUACAGAGCUGGAGUCAGGAUGUGGUUAGCCUAGCUUAGCACAAAGACUGGCAGCGGGGGGAAACUGCUAGCCUAGCUAGAGGAGCAAUUCCAUAUCUUUCCAAUAUCUUUUCAAGUUUACUUGCUCAUUGAGAAUGAGGUGUUUGGACGGAUAUCAGUUUCACGGUCUGUGUUUAAUACAGAGCUGGAGUCAGGACAUGGUUAGCUUAGCUUAGCAUAAAGAUUGAAAGCAAGGGGAAACUGCUAGUCUCGCUCCAUCAAAAGUCAGGAGUCGGGAUGUGGUUAGCUUAGCUUAGCAUAAAGACAGGAAGCAUGGGGAAAUAGUUUUAAAAAAUAUCUUACUAGUAAUACUUUGUCUCCUUUGUUUAAUUUGUAAACAAACAAAUAUAAAAAACACAGUUCGAGGUUUUAGGGGGGCUGCUAGGACAAUUUUUUGCUAAGCUAGGCUAACCACAUCCUAAAUCUGUCUUUAACACACAGACAGUGGAUUGAACAUCUCACUCUCACAAAGAAAUCUGUAUAUUUAUACCUAGAUAUUGAACUACUCUUUCUGAAGUCUCUUCAGUUUUGGCACAGUUUGGACUCCGUACAAUUGCUAAUCUGUAAAACAAACACUAAAGCACCGAAACACAGUCAGGGUCUGCACUUAAUUCACCUGUUAUUAACUUAUAUAAAUCCAAUCAACUUGAAUGACAGAUAUCUGUGACGGCGUAUUAAGGCCAAAAAAAAAUAAAGAGUACGGAGCCGGGGGUAAUAUUCCA